AAAGGUUCCUCUUUAACCCUAUCUUUAUAUUUCCAUUUCCCUCUGUGUCUUCACUUCUGCGUGACCUCGUCGGCUGCCGCCGUUUCCUACACAGCUGCUGCUGCAUUGUAAGUCAAGGAAGAGGAAGAGUUCCGCCGCUCUACAUUCACCGGCAGCAUGGCUCGAGGAUUGAAGAAACACUUGAAGAGGCUCAAUGCCCCAAAGCAUUGGAUGUUGGACAAGCUUGGUGGUGCUUUUGCGCCCAAACCAUCAUCUGGACCCCAUAAGUCCAGGGAGUGCUUGCCUCUGAUUCUUAUUCUGCGAAACAGGCUGAAAUAUGCUCUGGAUUACCGUGAAUCCAUUGCUAUUUUGAUGCAAAGACAUGUUCUGGUUGAUUCAAAAGUUCGGACAGAUAAGACGUACCCUGCUGGCUUUAUGGAUGUUAUAUCUAUUCCUAAGACGAACGAGAAUUUCCGCCUUCUGUAUGACACCAAGGGUCGAUUCCGCCUGCACUCCAUCAGGGAUGAGGAGGCCAAGUUCAAGCUAUGCAAAGUCCGCUCGGUUCAAUUCGGGAGUAAAGGGAUCCCAUAUCUGAACACAUACGAUGGAAGGACAAUCCGCUACCCUGAUCCACUAAUCAAGGCCAACGACACCAUCAAACUUGAUCUGGAGAGCAACAAGAUUGUCGACUUCAUCAAGUUCGAUGUGGGGAAUGUUGUCAUGGUCACCGGUGGUAGGAACAGGGGCCGUGUUGGAAUAAUCAAGAGCCGUGAGAAGCACAAGGGGAGCUUCGAGACCAUCCACAUUCAGGAUAAUGUUGGACAUGAAUUCGCAACCCGACUGGGAAAUGUCUUCACCAUUGGCAAGGGCACGAAGCCGUGGGUGUCUCUUCCAAAGGGCAAAGGCAUUAAGCUCUCCAUCAUCGAGGAAGCCAAGAAGAGACUCUCUACUCAAGCUGCCGCUGCUUAGAUGGAGCUUUUGGUAAGCAAGCAUAUUUUCUAUUUCAGCAUAUCCUUUCUUGAGAAUUUGCUCCAGUUCUGACGUUAUGACUUUUUACAGCACUUGGUUGAGUUUCAUGUUGUGGAUGAUUUAAAUUACAAAAACAUGGAAUUAUCUUAAUGUUUACUGUUUUGAUAGUUUUUUUGGAUUA